CUCCUUUGCCAGACAGCACUCACCCAUCCACCAUCACACACUCUCAAACACAUUCACUCUCACUAUACGACAGCUGACAACACCUUUUCAUUUGCUCAGCAGCACCAAAGACUCACAUUGACAGAUCCAAACGAGAAGAACAAAACAGACUCGAUUUGUUCUGCGCGCACACACGUGCAGAUACACCAGCUCGGAGGAGGCUGGGUUGAAGCUGGAGAGGGUGACUGGAGAAUGGAAUGGAACCUCGGGACGAUGGAAAGUGAACUGAGGCACAUCAACCCGGACCUGCUGCAGCCCAGCAAGAGCUUCAAGAAGCCUUCUUCAGGCACCAUCACCCUAAACGUAGGGGGGUUCCUGUACACCGCCCACCGGACCACCCUUGCCAAGCACCAAGGUUCCUUUCUGGAAGAGCUUGCCAACGGUAAGAAGCCAGUUCAGCACACCGACUCCAUGGGCAACCCGUUCAUUGAUAGAGAUGGUCCAGUUUUUCGCCAUGUGCUGAACUACCUCCGAACCGGAGAGCUCCAGCUUCCUGACGACUUCCGGGAGGCGGGGCUCCUGCGAAGAGAGGCCGAUUUUUACCGUCUGAGUGAACUGGUGGAAGCCGUGGUCGAGUGGGAAAGUCUGAGGGCAGCCCAGAGGGAAGUCGCCUUUUUGGAGGUGACGGAUAGCCACGAGAGGUCGCAGGGCCUCAAGGUGUAUUGCAGUGAUACCAUCUUCAUCGAUAAGGUCAAAGCGCGGCUGGUGCAGAUCUCCAAGAGCCGUCUGGAUGGCUUCCCAGAAGAAUUUGUGGUGUCGUCCAACGUGAUCCAGUUUCGACACUUCAUCAAGUCGGAGCCCGGCUCGAGGCUCGUCCUGAAGGAGGACAGCACAUUCUUGUGCACUCUUGACUGUCUGAAACUAGAGACAGUGAUGCUAGCACUGAGAUCAGGCUUCAAGCUGGUUACCAGCCUUGAUAGCAGCAAAGGCUCCGUAGUGGCAGCUGAGGCCCUGCAUUUUGUCAAGUAGGAUGAAGGGAAACAGUGGAAAGAGAGAGGAGGAGAGGGGGAGGCAGAGAGGGAAAAGAGUAGUGCCUGAAUCCAUAUCUACCCCACUAAUGUAAGGUAUUGGUUUGAAGGUCUUGUAACAUGUGCUGAACUGUAAUGUGUCAUAGGUGGGAGAAGGAGAACAGGUGGGUCUCAUAAGACAGUGUUUUUAUCUUUAAUGCACAAUGUCGGCUCAAAAGCACAUCAUUUAAUAAGUUUGGGGGUAACUUUGGGUGAAUCUACAAUCAUUAUCUGCAGAAUGGCAUUUUGAUCUUUGCACUGCUUUCUAAGCUCGUAUUUACUGAUUCAGAAUGAUCUGGAACAAAUUAGCAUUUACAAUAUCUAAAUUGGAAUUGAUUCGGCAUAAUACAAAAAGCACCACUUAGUAAUACGAAAAAAAGAAGACAACAGUGACUUGAAGGCCAAGUGAUCAAAGUGAGAUUCGACAGCUUUAUCAGUGGAUGUAUCUCUGCACAAGAACUGCUUCUGCUGCUUUGUCAAUGGCUGCAAAGCCUUCAAAAACCAGCCGUGAUGUGCACUGUUGUGCCACUCAGCUUUUACUACAGUCUGUGCGUGUGUGUAUGUGUGUAUGUGUGCGUGUGUGUGUGUGUGUGUUGCUACAGUAUACACUGUGCUGUGUUUAGUGGGUUUAAUAGCUUGUGUUUAGUUUAUUAGCUUCUCUGGAGCCGGAAGGGAAAAACACAGCGCAUUAACGUCGUUUUAGAUUGACUGAUAAAGUGACAUCCAAAUCAGACAGAAAAACAAACUGUCUCUCUGAUCAUGCCAUCGAGUUGAAUUUAAGCGGAAAUGACCAUGAUUAUUGUAAGGGCUUUGAAUCUAGCAUGAUGCAUGUGUGCACUAAAUAAACAGUGUGUUUGUUAGUGCUGUGAGCCUCUGUGAAGUCAGUGCAACAACAAUGCCUAUUACUUCUCAGUGUGAAUAUUUUACAAAUAAAAGUGACACUGAAACCCUUGAUGGAAAGUGUUUUGUGUAUCUGCAAAAGUCUGUAAAGUUUAUGCAUGGUGUAACUGUUAAAUACUGCUUGUAAUAAUGCUGAGAGUUAUGUUACUUUGCAUUCAUGUAAAGCUUUAAACUAA